AUGCCACAGGUGAGUUACUUUUCAACAUGUGCAUGUUUGAGUGACAAAACAAAAUAUCCUACAUUUUACCGAACAAUACCAAGUGACUACUACCAAGCAAAGGCUUUGGCUUUCCUUGUCAGACAAUAUGGAUGGACAUGGAUUGGAGUGAUACAGUCUGACAAUGAUUAUGGACGAAAUGGGAUAUCAGCAUUCACAAAGGAAGUGGAGGCUCAUGGGGUUUGUAUUGCAUUUGUUGGCACAGUUUUGCGUACAUAUCCCCAAAGUAAAAUCCUUGAAGCUGUUGAACUGAUAAAGCAAUCAACUGUCAAAGUGAUUCUUGCAUUUGUGCCAGAGAGAGAUAUCUAUCCUUUAAUGAAAGAAGUGGUAAAACAAAAUAUUACAGGAAUACAGUGGAUUGGAAGUGAAGCCUGGGUAACUGCUGACAGUCUUUCCACACCCGAAAUGUUCAAAUAUUUUGGAGGAACUAUAGGAUUUGUGGUCCGAAAGAUGGCCAUACCCAAAUUGGCACCACUUCUCAAAGAUAUCAGCCCUUAUAAUGAUUCUGAGUCUGGUUUUGUCAGUGAUUUCUGGGAAACAUUGGUGGGCUGUAGGCCUCCAUCUUCAAUAAAUUAUUUACGUAAUAGCACAAAAGUAUGCUCAGGAAUGGAAAAAGUUGAUUACACAAACAAAUUUUUUGAUGUCACACAACUUAGAGUAUCAUAUAAUGUCUAUCAAGGAGUGUAUGCAAUUGCACAUGCCCUACACCAAGGGAUGUUUUGUGAAAAGCCUGAAAGCAAUGUCUCAGAACUAUGUCUUAAUACUUCACAGAUAACCCCUACACUAGUGAGUUUUAACUGCAGUGAAGCAUUAAUUGGGUUCAUAAUGGAAAUCUUUUCAUUAAGUAUGUUGUAUUUUUUGUUCAAAAGGUAAAUGAGCAGCUGAAAAAAGUACAUUUUGUGGAUGCAUUUGGAGAGGUAGUGUUCUUUGACAAGAACGGAGACCCCCCUGCUUCAUACGAAGUCAUAAACUGGCAACUGAGAGAAGGACAAGUGCAGCAUAUUUCAGUUGGCCAUUUCAGCACCUCUGCAAAUGGAAAAUAUGAACUUGAGAUUAAUGAAGACAAGAUUAUCUGGAGCACAGGAAAUUUGGUAGUAUAAGCAUAUUAUAAUUAAAAAGUGCAUUUUUCUUUAAUUCCAUUACUCAUUUAACAUAUGCCCUACUGUCCCAGACUCCAAAAGCUAUUUGCUCUGAAAUCUGUCCACAAGGCACAAGGAAAGCACAAA